AUGGAAGACCAUGGUGCCAUUGCCUCCCUCCGCCGAGAACCCAAGCCCGUGCCGACAGAAUACAUUCGGCGCGUUACUCAAGACAGAUUGAAAAUAUCGAAUGUUUGUUGCGUUGCGUCCAAUUUAUGCUCUGAACCCAGGAAGCCGACAAUUACGAUCCAUGCCAUCCACGCAGGGAUAUGGAGAAUUUCGAAAAACUUUGCAACUCUUGGGGUUUUCGGCCACCGAAGGAAAAGAGUAGUCCGGCGGAAACGUUUUGAACUAUGCUCCGACAUCGCUGCUUUCUAG